UCAGUUACAUUGUAACAAAAGUGGUGCUGCCGCUACUCGGGUCGGCACCCCAGGCCCACCUGCCUCCGGCUGUCGCCGACAUGGAACCGGUGGCCAGCAACAUCCAAGUCUUGCUGCAGGCGGCGGAGUUUCUGGAGCGCCGCGAGAGAGAGGCCGAGCAUGGCUAUGCGUCCCUGUGCCCGCACCGGAGUCCAGGUCCAGUCCACAGGAGGAGGAAGCGGUCUCCCCAAGCUCCUGGCGCGCUGGACAGUGGGCGGUCUGUGCACAACGAGCUGGAGAAGCGCAGGAGGGCCCAGCUGAAGCGGUGCCUGGAGCAGCUGAAGCAGCAGAUGCCCCUGGGGGCUGACUGUGUCCGAUACACCACACUGAGCCUUCUGCGCAGGGCCAGAAUGCACAUCCAGAAGCUGGAGGAGCAGGAGCAGCGGGCCCGGCAGCUCAAGGAGAAGCUGCGCAGCAAGCAGCAGAGCCUGCGGCAGCAGCUGGAGCAUCUCCGGGGGCUGGGCGUGGCGGGCGAGCGGGAGCGGCUGCGGGCGGACAGCCUGGACUCCUCGGGCCUCUCCUCCGAGCGCUCGGACUCAGACCAAGAGGAGCUGGAGGUGGAUGUGGAGAGCCUGGUGUUCGGAGGUGAGGCUGAGCUGCUGCGGGGCUUCAGCACAGGCCAGGAGCACAGCUACUCACACAGCGGCCGUGCCUGGCUAUGACCCUCACCACCCAGAGCGGCCUCUGCCCUCAGCCCACUCUGCGCCGUCAGGACAGAGCCCUCACCGAGCCUCCAGGGCUGCUUGGAGUCACUGUUGGAAUGGACUAAAAGGACCCUGUGUGGGAACAGGUGCUCCUCGUACCCUGCUGCUGGCGGCUGGCAGUCCCACCUGGGAGAGCGGUGUUGAGCCCCCCUGAGCCCUGCAGGGCAGGCAGCUUGGGCCCAGGCCACCCUCCCGGGCAUUUUUUUAUAGCACUUGGCCCAGAUGUCCAUGGCAGCAGGAAGCCUCUUGGGCCCUCAUGUUCCUUCCUAAACAAGGGCCCCUGGCCUUUGCCCUAUGCAUACUGUAUUUUCAUUAAAAGCCUCUUUCUUAA